GCUACCAGAUGAAAAUAUCAUGUAUGGGAGCACACACAUUACAGUGUUGAAGAAAUGGGAUACUUCUGAUGCGAAAACCUCAAUAUAUGUCACCUAUGAAUGUAAUGCAGACCCAGUCACUCCCCAUGUGUGUGUUUUUGUAGCCCCAAAGUCAUUUGUAAUUAAGAAAGGUAUCCAUGUCCCCCAUAAAACAUUCUCAGAGGUAGUGUUAGUACAAGAAAUUACAAGGGAAAAUGAGGGUGAUUCUAGAGGAAAUGCUAAUGCUUUAGGCACAAAUACUGAUCAGUCAGAGAUAUAUAGAGAGGAAACAAGAAAUACCUCUGAAGCUAGUCAACUAAUCCCAAGCAAACAACCAUUGCAAAGAUUACCUGGAGACAAUGUGGUGGUCCUCAGUCAUUGUGACAAUGAAGCUAUGAGGGACAGGGAUGCACAAGGCCCUGAAACAGUGCAGGAAACAGUCCUUGAGAGUGGUGCAGAUGUAGUCAACAGACAAACAUUGUCUCCCAUACACACACAGUUGGGGAUCCAGGAGACAACUUUUUCUCCGUCGUUAAGUAUUAUGAAUUCUUGUACCUUGAGAAGCACAAAUGGUAACUCGGAUCCAUCGCCCAUUAGCACGUAUUCACAGGGAGUUUACAGAAAAGACAGGCAGGAAGGAAACAGCCCAGAGCAUGUUGUAGGAUUUAACUGGGGUGAUGAGGAGCAUAUGGUGCCAGGUCAUUUUUUGUCCUUACUGAGCUGAUGUGUCAUUCGAAAUUCAUUUUGAUCAUGCAACCUCAACCUUGCUAUCGGGAGAAAUGAAUAAUUCUGAAUUAUUAUUGAAAGUCUGGACAUUUUUAGUUUUCUUUUAUCGAGGAAUGUUAAGAUUACUUCCCCCCUUUUAUUUUCAAGUAAGGUUGUUAAAGUGCUUCAAUUUUAAUUUUACCAUUCAAUCUUUUUUUUAGAUUGAUGAAAGUGACAGCUGCUUUUCCAGGACUUUCCAUCUCUUUAUAUAGAGAAAUGUCAUAAAAUAGAAUAUAUAAAGCAUAUUUUAAACACCAAAAUGAGGUAAAGAUUGUUUAAUAAUCUUUUUUAAGUAUUUAAAAAGAAGGGUUGAUAUGCUCAACUUAUAGAGUAAAUUCAUGUUUUCUAAAUAGUUACAGUUUGUGACUAUAUUAGAGUAAUGCACAAAAGAGCCAGACAUUUACAAGAUUGAUAUAUUUUAUCAUUUUAUUGCUAAUGACUUGCCAAUACAAUCAGUGUAUUUGACUGAAACUUUGACUGAUUGGCAUUAUAAUAGUGAAAGUUGGCAAGGGAUGUAUUGUUGUAUGGUUAUGUACGUGUCUCUUUGCGUACAUAAGUGUACAGAAACAAAAAAGAAGCUGUGUUCAUAAGUCUCAAGUUUGUAAAGUUUGUAUAUUUUGUAAGUACAAGUUAUUCUACAUGUAUUACUUUUGAGAGAUGGGUUAUUUUUGUUAAACUUUGGUAUAUCUAUAUGAAAUUUUAAUAAUAUCAACAGUUUAUGUAAAAGAGAAGAAAGAAAAAAAAAGCAAACAAAAAUAUCAGUUCUGUUUUCUCAAAUGUAAAGAAAUUUAACUUCAAAUGUCAAUAUUUUAUUCAGAUUUUUUAAAAAAAAUUUCCCAGCAUAUGCAUUGCUGUAAUUUGGGAUUAUUGUAAGUGUAGUUACAGUCCUAGCUUUUGUUAGCAAGGGAGGAAGUGACAAAACCGGUCAACUUUGUUUUUAUUAUUUUUAUUGAUUUUCUGCAACGUGCUGUAUCCAAUUUAUGCACAUAUUUAAUUAUUUUACAUUACGUAUUAUGUCAGAUCGGUGUGUGCUAUGAUUUAUUUAUUUUUAAAGAUCUGAAAAUAAUAAUACUGAAAAAGGAGAAAAAUAAAGAAAAGUUUCAUUUCAUAUUAUGAUGUCAUUUUAGGAAAUCUAUGCAACAUAGUAGCAAUUGAAGAGGAC